AUGGUCCCUCAGAGGAUCUGUACGCAGAUUGUCGAUGAGCAUAAAUCGUUCAAUAAAGACAUACCUCAAUUUAUGCAAGAAGUAAACUUGGCAGAUGCCGGAUUUAGUUAUCAUGUAGUCGCAGUCUUGGGUUCUCAAUCUACAGGCAAAAGUACCCUUUUAAAUCAGUUGUUUGGUACAAGAUUCGAUGUUAUGGAUGCUGGUAAAAGACAGCAAACAACAAAAGGUAUUUGGUUAUCAAAGGCCCAAGAAGCUCCCAUCCUUGUAAUGGAUGUAGAGGGAACUGAUGGCCGUGAAAGAGGUGAUGAUCAGGACUUUGAACGAAAAUCGGCACUAUUUUCAAUAGCUACUAGUGAAGUGAUUAUCGUGAAUAUGUGGGAGCAUCAAAUAGGACUUUAUCAAGGCUCUAAUAUGGUUUUGUUAAAAACUGUGUUAGAGGUCCAUCUCCAGUUGUUUCAUUCAAAGAAAGAGAGAAGUUUACUUCAAUUCGUGAUUCGAGACUACAUAGGAACUACAUCUAUGGUAAACUUGUCUGAAACUAUAAAGACGGAUUUGAUGAAUGUCUGGUCUUCUCUAUCAAAACCUCCAGGAUUAGAAGAUUCUAAGAUUACCGACUUUUUUGACCUUGGAUUCACGGGACUUCCCCAUAAAAUACUUUGUUCAGAAGCAUUUGAUACGGCGGUUGAUUCGCUUCGGACAAGAUUUUCAAACAGUGAUGCUCCUGAUUAUGUUUUUGAUCCCAGCUAUCACAAGCGUAUUCCUGCCGAUGGAUUUUCUUUGUAUACCCGAGAAAUAUGGGAUACGAUUGAAAACAACAAAGAUCUUGAUUUGCCUACACAACAGCAACUGCUUGCACAGUAUCGAUGUGAUGAGAUCAUAGCCGAAGCUAUGGAGCCUUUUACGAAAGCCUGCAGCGUUUUGAAAAGUGAGUUUUUGCCAGGAAACAUUUGCGAAAAUCUGGCAAGUCGUAUGCGGGAAUUAUUCGAACAAGUUGUGAAAGAUUACGAUAGACAAGCCAAAAGGUAUAAUUCUGCCAUUUAUGAAAAAAAGAAACAGGAAUUACUGCGCAGUGUUGAUACAUCAUUGUAUGUGUUUUUCCAGGCUCAGUUGAAUGCCUUGCAAAAACAGCUGGUUGCUUCAUUUGUUAAAACGGCCGAAAGUUUCCCCUCUGAUAAGCCAUUUAAGGAAUUGUCUUCUCGGGAAAUCGAAAAAUCUAAAUGCCGUAUGCAAGAAGAGGCACAAUCUUUGAUGAUUGCUGGUAUCGAUUGGGAUUCGGCUCAAUUUUUGCUUAAAUUAUCAGAAGAGCUAGAAAGCUCUUGUGACUCUGUUUGUAAGCAAAAACUAUUGUCCAAAAUAGCGGAGAUGCGUACCAGCCUGCAAACCCAGGUUGCAGAAUCUCUUGAAAUUGCUCUUCAAAAACCCAAUCUUAAAGUAUGGGACGGGUUGCUCGAUGAGCUUUCGACACAUCAGAAGCAGGCAGCAGAUGAAUUGGUCCGUGUGUUUCCUCUCUUUAUGGAUUCAGCAGAACCGGAAGUAGCUCAAGACUACAUUCACGACUUUCAUAAAGACGUCUGGAUGGCGUUUCGGAAGAAGGUCGUACUUGAGAUGUCUGAUCUUCUCCUUCAGCAGCGAUUGCGUGUAUAUUUUGAAGAAACUUUUCGCUAUGAUGCCGAUGGUAUGCCUAAACUCUUUAAAAAGUCUGAUACGCUCGAUCUUGAUUACAGAGAAAGUGUUUCCAAGUCUCUUGAGUUGAUAAAGGUUCUUUCGUGUAUGAAGUACUCUGAUGGAAGAACUCCUGAGCUUGGAUUCGACGUGAAGGAGAUUGAUUCCUCGUUUUCUAGUCCUAACGAUUUUUUGACAAUUUUGAACCGAAAGCGAAUCUCAGACACUUCUGUAAACCUGAAGAGAACAGCUGAUUUGAUAUAUUUGGAUUCUAAACGAUCUGUCGUAAGUACACAAACAAGGAUUCCCCCAUAUUUUUGGGCAUUGCUCUUGGUACUUGGAUGGAAUGAAUUUAUGGCCGUUAUAAGAAAUCCUUUCUUUUUUAUGUUAUUACUUAUUGGAGGGUCCUUAUUAUAUAUUCUUUAUGCAACAGGAAUGAUAAGGCCAGCCAAAGUUUUUGCGAACCGAGCAGCUGGUGGACUGGUGGAUUUUGUCACUGAAAGAGUUGCAGAGUCUUAUCAAGGUGGUGGUAGCAUGCAACAAGAAAAAAGCUUUUCAAGAGAAAAUUCUUCGGAAAAAGCGAGCAUAGACGGUGAUUUAGAGAAAGCUGCUCUUUCUUGA